AUGAUAAUUGGAACCUUCAGUGUUCGUGGGUGUGCCAAUUUGACGAAACAGAAACGUAUUAGUCAAAUUGUAAGGAGAAGAAGUCCAGAUGUUGUGUUUUUGCAAGAAACUAAAAUAGGGAAGAUGACGGAAAAUAUAGUUAAUAGAAUUUGGGGUGCAGAAUAUUGUGAGUGGUCUGCAAAGGAGGCAGACGGAAGAGCUGGAGGAAUUAUAACAAUUUGGAAGAAGGAUGCCUUUGUUCCGGUCUUUAGUUUUCAUGGUAAAGGCUUCUUGGGGAUCAAAGGGUCUGUGAAAGGUAUGAUUGUUUACUACGUCAAUAUCUACUCGCAAUGUAGCUUAGCAGACAAAAGGAAAUUAUGGCAAGACUUAAUAAAAUGGAAAAGUAAAUUGGAAGUAAGAGAAUGGGUGGUUAGAGGUGAUUUUAAUUCAAUAAAGAAUAGAAAGGAAAGGAGAGGUGUGGAGAAUACAAACAGAGAUUCUGAGAUGAAGGAAUUUAAGGGCUUCAUUGAAAGUUUAGAGGUAAUAGAUGUUCAAGUGGUGGGAAAUAUGUUUUCCUGGAUUAAACCAAAUGGGAAUGCAAGAAGUAGAUUGGACCGUAUAUUGCUAUCUGAAUGGCAUAUAUGCAGAUGGGAUAUUGUUGCGCAAGAGGUGGGAAAGAGAGAUGUAUCAGACCAUAAACUGGUGUGGACAAAAACGAGUAGAACGAAUUGUUGGUUUGAUCACAAAGAUUUUAUUCCUUUUGUUCAUAAGGAAUGGAGUUCUUUUGUUGUAAAGGGAAGCAAGGAAUUUGUUAUCAAGGAAAAGAUGAAUAAGCUAAGAGAAAGGCUGCGGUGGUGGAAUCUUAAUGUAUUUGGCAAAGUUGAUCUGAAGAUUGAAAAUGAUGUCGAGGCACUCAAUAUCAUAGAAGAGAGAAUGGUGCAGAUGAAUGUGACACUAACAGAGGACGAGAUAGUUGAGAGGAGGCGGAUCCAGGAUUCUUUUUGGAACAAACUUCAUACUAAAGAAAGUAUUCUUAGGCAGAAAUCAGGGCUUAAGUGGAUGAUAAAAGGGGACAAUAACUCAAGAUACUUCCAUACUACCAUGAAGACAAAAAUAAGAAGGAAUGCUAUUAUUGAGAUUGUCAUACCCCAAAAUUUGCCCACCACAUUUUUAUGCUCAAACUCAUUUGAAUAG